AGACUUACGCAGCUCUGUAUUAUCGAGAGGUAGGAGGAGGUGGUCAGACGAAAUUCUAUAUAAACAGUGAGGAAGGCAGGUCAACGAUGUUAGUGUAACGGUCAAGAAUUAAACAUCGGAUGAACAGAGUGGAGUGCCAGCGAAGUCGCCAUCAGACUCGGCUGUGUGUCACUGCGGAAUUGAGUAACUACGGACCUUCGCCGGACUGCCCCUCGCAGCCCGGGAAUCGGCAAUUUCAGUUCCAAACCUAAAAGUCACAGACUGGUCUUUUCUUCAGGCUAAAGCAUGGCAGCUGUGUCAAUGGAGAAGCAGGCAGUGCAGCGAGCCAGAGCAGCGUUUUUGACGGGGAGGACCAAAUCUCUGAAAUUCAGGACUAUGCAACUGAAGGCUCUUCAGAGGAUGAUUAGGGAGAAGGAGCAAGAAAUUUCUGAUGCCCUCAAGUUGGACAUUGGGAGGAGCCAGUUUGACAUGCAUCUGUUUGAGAUGAUUGGAAUAGACAGUGAGAUCAAGCUGGCUUUGGAAGAACUACCAAAGUGGACAGCACCCCACGCUGUAGAGAAGACUCUGCUGACCGUGAUGGAUCAGGUUUACAUUCGCUCCGAACCCCUGGGUGUUGUCUUGAUCAUUGGUGCCUGGAAUUAUCCAGUUGCGCUUAUCUUGCAGCCCCUUAUUGGGGCCAUUGCAGCAGGUAAUGCUGCAGUGAUAAAGCCAUCCGAGGUCAGCGCCCACACGGCAACUUUACUGGAGCUGUUACUGCCUCUCUACCUUGAUAGGGAGCUGUAUCCAGUGGUGAACGGUGGUGUUCCUGAGACCCAGGAGUUGUUGAAGCAGCGUUUUGAUCACAUUUUCUAUACUGGUAAUUGCACCGUUGGUAGACUGGUGAUGGAAGCAGCCUCUCGGUACCUGACCCCCAUCACUCUGGAACUUGGUGGGAAGAGUCCUUGCUACAUUGACAAAAACUGUGACAUUCAUGUAGCUUGCCGCCGCAUCACUUGGGGAAAGUUUGUGAACUGUGGGCAGACUUGCAUCGCCCCCGAUUAUGUGCUCUGUGAGUCAAGCAUCCAGCAUCAAGUGGUGGAGGAGAUCCGAUUAACUCUGCAGGAAUUCUAUGGUGAAGACCCUAAGCUCUCUCCAGAUUAUGGACGCAUGAUCAACAAGCGCCACUUCCACAGAGUGAUGGCCUUGAUGGAGGGGACAACUGUGGCUGUGGGAGGGGAGAGUGAUGAGGAGAGCCGUUACAUUGCUCCCACAGUGCUGGUGAAUGUAGCCCCCCACUCCAGGGUGAUGCAGGAGGAAAUCUUUGGGCCUGUCCUCCCAUUGGUGUGCGUCCAAAGUUUGGAUGAAGCUAUUGAUUUCAUUAACCAGAGGGAGAAGCCACUGGCGCUAUAUAUCUUCUCUGAAAAACAGAAGGUGAUAAACCGCAUGAUCAGAGAAACGUCCAGUGGAGGAGUGACAGUCAAUGAUGUACUUCUUCAUUUUACUAUUGAGUCACUUCCCUUUGGGGGUGUGGGCCAAAGUGGCAUGGGCAGCUAUCAUGGGAAACACAGCUUUGAUCAAUUCAGUCACCGCCGUGGCUGCCUUGUCAAGUCUCUCACGAUGGAAGGAAUGAACAAUGUGCGUUACCCACCAAUGAAUGCAGACAAGCUUCACAAGGCCAGAUUCUUUAUGCAGAAGCGAGUGAGGACAAAGAACUUGGGAUGGACCUUACUUAUACUUCUCGUUAGUCUGUUGGCCCUAGCACUGCUCAUUGCCUUGGUGGUCGUUAUUCUAAAGGGUCUCAAAUGAUAACGCUCCUAGGGUCUCAAAUGAUAACGCUCCAGUCAUCCAUGAUGUCUCAUUUCAAGAAAAAGAAGAUCAGCUAGGUUUUGUUCAAUUGCUGAAGAUUCCCAACCACUCUUUCUGUUACUCAAUAAUUAUUUGAGGAUCUUUGCCCAAAGAAGAAGCAUUAAUUUUACAGAAAGAAAAAAAAAACUGUAUAUCUUGAUGAAAUAUAACUGGAAGACUGCAGAUAUUUUUCAUCUGCCAUCUUCUAUUGUGUGGUACAGUGAGAUCCUUUAAUUUCCAGCAAUUUACAGUAGAAAAAUUUCCACUGUUAUUUGUCUGAAAUAUCAAACACACUGCCAAAUUAUACAACUUACAAAAGGUUCAGGGAAAUAUUAAGGAACGACUGUUAGACACUUACCUUUAGUCCUGGCUUGUACCAUGAGAUGGAUAUUCAUAUGAAAUGAAGAAAAAAUUGCUACUUGCUUUUUACAACUGCAGUCGUAGCCUUCAAAGCUAAUAGAAAUGGGCAGUGGGAGAAACAGUAUGGUAACUGGAAGGUCAGUGUAUCUGCCGCCUUCUCAGAAUAUCAACUUCAACUUCUUGGAUGAAAACAUAUAAUCAAAAGACGACAAAGGUUUGACAGAUUUUACUUUUUUUAAUUGUUGCUCCGAGAGCUCAGCCUUCAUUUUGCUGUUCACAUUACUAGGUUAAAUUUAGAGCCUUUUUUGUGAGAUCACUCCAUUCAUUUGUAUAUCCAUAUUACUCCAAACUAAUUGCUUAAUUAGAAGCCAAUCACUUUUGAUAACAGAACUUUCUUAAUUUGAUGGUUUGUUAGUGGCUUCAGUUUCUCCCACAUCAGGCCAUUCUUUUAAUGCAUUUUUUGUGGAUCAGAAUAGAUUACUAAUUCUCCUUUCUUUGUUUAUUUUUGUUUCUGUUUCUUUUCAAAGGUUUUAUUAAAACCAAUGAUUUAUGAUGGAAUGAUUCUUACAUUUGGGUUGUUUAUGAGUAAUAGUAAUUAACAAGGGAUAAUCUCAAGAGGGCCUGAGAAGUGCCAGUAGACGUCAUGGUGCCACAGUAGACCCAGAAAAGUGAAUCUGGUAGCAAAGUGAUGUCAACACCUUUUAUUUUUAACCCUGCAGUUCUGCUUCUCUGUCGUACUUUUUAGCGUUGCUGGCCAACUUUGAUGUUAAUGAUGCUGUGCAGUUAACACUUGUAGUGCAUUUUCUUCAUUUAAAACAAUGAGUGUUUAAUGUAUUGAGCAUAUGCCCCAUCUAGGAAUUGUUUCUGCCUCGUGCCCAAUGCUAGCUGGAAUGGGCACGUCCCUGGAUUGAUGGAUGUAAUCAUUAAACAUCCAUCCUAUUCAGAAAUAUUGUGGCAAGGUGUCCUGGGAAUUUAAUGGCAAUUCACAACACAGCGAAGCCUUAAUGUUGUUUUCUCACCAUGAUGAUAUCUCGCACUGCCACCUGGUAGAAUCCUCCAGAUUUACAUAAAGUACAUGUGCAAGCAUAAACAGUACACCGCUUGAGUAGCAGUAGCAUCUACAGGCACACCCGUCGUGUCGCGUGAAGUAUAAACCCAGCCUAAUGCUUCUUUUUUAAAUACAUAAAACAUUUUCACAAAAUGUUUAAAUAGUUUAAACAAAACAAAAAUCUGUGGUAAAAAUGACCCUGCUAAAAUAAAAGUAGGAUACAAUGGAGCCUGUCUCAGGACAUUUGCUACUAUGGCCAGCAGUUAGCAGCUCUCCCCCUCGAUGAAAGGUGAAGUUACCAUGUCAGGCUAUCAAUGUAUAGCUGUGCUGGUGAGGUUCAUAAGAGUACAAGUAUUAAGUAACAUUACAGGAAUACAUUUAUUUAGUUUUAGCACCAAAUAUAAAUAUGUACUUCAAAUUAAAUUGACAGACGUUAUCAGUGUUUCAUGUCUGUGAACCCUACUACUCAUCUCUGAAAUGUAGUCUGCUUCGUGUUCCACUCAACGUCAUCUGUUUUAUUAUGUUUUUAAAUUGCUUCCUCUGAAUUUUUAAAUUCUUGUUUGGCAUCUUCUUAGAUUGGAAGUAUUUACUUACUUUACAAUUAUUUUCCUUGUUGCCCCCAGUCGUUCCACAGGAACAAUUUUCUGUCAGUAAUGAUCAUCCAGUUUGUCACUGAGUACGUGGACAGGUGAAGUCGCCAAACAAGCCACCAUGUAUGAACAAUGCAAUUCUUUUGAAGAAGUAAGAGGAAAAGCAUUUGGUAAUUUUUCUCAAAUAUAUACACAUUAGAACUGUUUAAAUAAAAACAAAGGGUUUUGCAAAGAUGUUUUUAAAAACAAGAGCUUUCAAAUUUGAGACACCAUUGAAUGAUUUGAACAUUUCAGAAUUUCAAGGAUGAUGUGCAGAGUAAACAUGCGUCACGGUGUGAGAUCAUUCUUACAUAACGACUUAGUGUUGAAACUGCGCAAAGUAAGACUUGUGUUUUUUAAACAGCAUUUGUAUCAUGUAAACAAUGGAAUAUACAUUUGUGAUUUGGCGUGGGUUGCCCACUCUUCUGCAUUUUUAAGUCUCUGCUAAAACCAGGAUUUUGAUAAUUGUCAUAAUUGUCAUGAAUAUAAAGGGCUGCUCUUUUACAUUAAAAGUCAAAAAGCUUAAUUAUUAAGUGCAUUUAAUUUGUAAUUCGUAAUCCACUUCAUUGCAUUAAUAUACUGGAUGUUUCUUCUAAAUCCCUCACUGCGGUUUCUGCUCUUCUCUAGUUAUAUUACUUGAGUCCCAGGUCUACACCUCUGCCUGGUCAAUAUUGGCGAACACUUCUAUGGACAACACCUAAAGGAGUGGAUCAAUUUAACUAACAAGUGAUUAAUAAUCAAUAAUUCAUCCACUCAGUGUCAUUGUUGACUCAGUCUGAGUGUAAGGUGGGAGCUAAUCUUGCAGGGGGCACAAGUCCUGUGCAAGGCACAAGAAUCCUUCUGGACAGUUGAGAGUUGACAAUUAACUUUAAAUGCAAGUCUGUGGGAUGUUUGAGGAAACCGCAGUUUCCAAACAAAACAAAAUAUUACCGAGAGAAUGAGCCACACUCCAUACUGACUGUGCCUUUUGAAACUGAAGCACUGAGGCUGUGGGGCAUCAGACCAAUCGCUUCAGCACCCUGUGCAAACUCUCGUCUGUUUAAAGUAGAAGAUGGCUUAUGGGCUGAGAGGUGUUACUAUGGGAAUACAUUCAGUAGCCAAUCAGUGGCCAGGGUAAGAACUGAAAUACACAUAAAAAUAUAGGAGUGUCAGACUGCAGUUCACAAUUGUAUGCUGGACACACAAGUCACACAUUGACCUGCACACUAAAAUUCAUUCUGUCAGCCAGUGUUACCUUCAUGCCUCAGCAAUCAGAGACAUGAGUUCACAUAAAGAGAAGUAGAAAAUCCUGCGAGUAGAGCAGUGUUUGUGGUGCAGAAGUAAAACUGAAUACAAACUUUAGAUAAUUUAAGUUGAAACUGUAGAUUUCAUUAAGAAUGACACAGCUUUUAAUUUAUGUCUGUCUGUCAAUAACAGCAUUCCUCAAAAAGCAGCAGCAACUAGUAACUGCUGAUGAACUCCGCAUUCUCUUUAAAUCUUCAUCUUUGAUUAUGUUAACCUGCACAAUGCACACCACGUCAUUCAGACCAAGUGACAUUGUUUCAGUCUUCCGAUCAUCAGAUUUUGAUGAUCUCAUGUCUCUUCUCCGCUAGCAGUAUGACUUUCUGCUGCUGUUCCUUUAGAUUGUUAACUGGUUGCCUGUUAUUUGUGUGUGUGUGUGUUCUACAUGUGUGUUGAUAUUUGUGAUUUAACUUUAUUUUGUUUUAUGUUACAAUAGUACUCAUGUAGUAUUGUAAUCAUUACAUUCCUAUUAGUGAUAUGUCUUUGUUUAUAUAGAGAGAAAUGUUUUGAAGCCAUGUUACUACCAUGUUAUCUAGCUCUGUGCUAAUUUGUUUCUUCUUGGUGCUUCAAGGUCCAAUGUGUUCUGCACUAGAGUUGUCCUUCUGCACACCACUAUUAUAAAAAGCUUUU